UCCCGGUGCUCCCGCCGCUCCCGGUGCUCCGCGUCCCUCUGCCGCCCCGCGCCUCGUCGCCGACACCCCGCCACCAUGGAGGCCAUCAAGAAGAAGAUGCAGAUGCUGAAAUUGGACAAGGAGAAUGCCAUCGACCGCGCCGAGCAAGCGGAGGCUGAUAAGAAGCAGGCGGAGGAUCGCUGCAAGCAGCUGGAGGAAGAACAGCAGGGCCUGCAGAAGAAGCUGAAGGGCACUGAGGAUGAGGUGGAGAAGUACUCCGAGUCUGUCAAGGAGGCCCAGGAGAAGCUGGAGCAGGCGGAGAAGAAAGCUACAGAUGCUGAGGCUGAAGUGGCUUCCCUCAACCGCCGUAUCCAGCUGGUAGAGGAGGAGCUGGACCGCGCCCAGGAGCGUCUGGCCACUGCCCUGCAGAAGCUGGAGGAAGCUGAGAAGGCGGCUGAUGAGAGCGAGAGAGGCAUGAAGGUCAUCGAAAACAGGGCCAUGAAGGAUGAAGAGAAGAUGGAACUCCAGGAAAUGCAGCUGAAGGAGGCGAAGCACAUAGCAGAGGAGGCUGACCGCAAAUAUGAGGAGGUUGCCCGCAAGCUGGUCGUUCUUGAGGGAGAGCUGGAGCGCUCCGAGGAGAGGGCAGAGGUGGCGGAGAGCCGAGUGAGACAGUUGGAAGAAGAGCUGCGGACCAUGGACCAGUCUCUCAAAUCCCUCAUUGCCUCAGAGGAAGAGUAUUCCACCAAGGAGGAUAAGUACGAGGAGGAAAUCAAGCUUCUAGGGGAAAAGCUGAAGGAGGCUGAGACCCGGGCGGAGUUUGCCGAGAGGUCUGUGGCGAAGCUGGAGAAAACCAUUGAUGACCUAGAAGAUGAAGUGUAUGCGCAGAAGAUGAAGUACAAAGCCAUCAGCGAGGAGCUGGACAAUGCACUUAAUGACAUCACCUCGCUCUGAGCCCCACGCUGGGCACCAGCACUGCACCUGCUCCCUGCCUGUCUCUCCCCAGCUCAGCUAUUUGCCUGCCUGUCCAUCCCACCUCUCUCCCUACCCUCUCUGUCCUACCUAGCCUGUGCCUGUCCAUCAGCUCCUUUGGGACAGGAGCUGACCCGGGGUGUUCCCGCUGUACCCCUCUUUGGGGAGACAAGGUGUAGGUGCUUAGAGCUGUUUGUUCAGGGCAGGAGAGCAGCCCCACAUACUGACUGGACAGUGUAGUUGUAGGCCCAUGCCACAGCAUUGCCCUGGGGAUCAGGACUGUGCCCAGAAGCCCUUUGUUCCAGCAGCUCCCUCCUUGGCUCCCCAGCAGCAGAAGCACUGGGGACCCUGCAGCUCCAGGGCUGGGGGGCCAUUUCCCCCCCCCAUAUACUUCCAGCAAAGUCCCCUGGUGCUGCUUGCUGGCCCCAGCAUGGGGAUGACCUGCAUUGGGGAAGCGGCACCUUCACUGCCAAAGCUCAGGCCUGGGGGAUAGAGGGUUGGAUCCAACUGUGCAGACACCUUGUUCCCCAGCAGGCAGGCGACCCUCACUCCUCCCUCACCCUUCUGUCCUUUGCACAUUGCUCUUCAGUUUGCAUCUCAUGACUUUUCUUUUGUGUUCUGUCCCUCUGGGUUAAUGAGUUGAUAUCAAUAAAAUUUUGACAUUGGUUUCUCCUUUGUUUUCUUCAUGCCACUCUGUCCCUCAUCUCCUGCCUGUCUCAUGUGUGUGCUGUCAGCAGUGUGGUAGGAGGUGGUUGCAGGCAGCUCACAGCCACGGGCCCCCCAGGCUGACUAUGGCUCAGACCCAAGAGGCUCCCAUGCUGCCAGGCUGAGCGGGACGGGGCCAUUGUGCUGACCCCUGCCACCCCCUGACUCUCGUACGCAGCUUUCCCCAUCUCAUGCCAUCUUCUCCAUGAGUCUUUUGGUGUGAAACAUCAGGGUUAGACCUGGUCCUGUCCAUUCCCUGUCUCUACUCUCAGACAUUGCCUACAAGCAGCAAUCUCAUCCCUGUCAUAACUCCUGCAUCACCUUCUUUUGGUGAAGAGGCUCAUGCUACCCUUCAGUAGUGAUCUCUUGUGAUCUCUAAAUUGGUCUUGAUCCACCUCCUCCUUCCUCACCACCCUACUCUGUCCCAGAACCCAGUUUCCAAAUUGGUGGACCUACAGCCUUGUCCCUGCACAAAGACUGGCUGCCUCCUGCCAGUCCAGCUGUAUCCCACCACUGGCUGGGUGGCUUGUGGUGUUUCCAGUGAAGGCUUUCAGGAAUGCUGUCUCUUUUCACUAACUCACUUUUUUCUCUCUCUUUCCUGUGCUGCGUUGAUGUCUCUCCAUUUUCUCUAGAGCGCUCUCAGCAGGAGGCCGAGAAAAACCGUGUUCUCACUAACGAGCUGCGGGUCAUCCUUACUGAACUUAACAACUGAGCUGCCCAGAGCU